CACAGUCCGUGUGUUGCCGGGCUGUUCUCCCACAGUAGCGAUGGUGGGUAUGAGUGUGCUCAGGUCUGCUGCUGCUUUUGCAGCCAGACUGAGUCCUCUGAAAUCUGGAAAUACUGCGGCAAAUUUACUCACUCGAGCCAUCCCGCGGACAGAUAAAGUGGCCGUCCGUUGGGGUCAUGGCAAGAAAAUGUUUGUCAUCAAACCCUCUGACUACUAUGACAGGAGAUUUCUGCGCUUAUUGCAAUAUUACAUCCUGCUGACAGGCAUUCCUGUGGCUGUCAUUGUGACAUGUGUGAAUGUCUUCAUCGGUGAGGCAGAGCUGGCUGAAAUUCCUGAAGGGUAUGAACCUGAGUACUGGGAGUACUACAAGCACCCCAUCACCAGGUGGAUUGCACGGAACAUUUGUGAUUCUCCAGUGAAAGACUAUGAGAAGAUGCUGGCAGUAAUUCAAAUAGAGAAAGAGAAGGCAGACAUGAGAAAGGCACAGCUGGAGGUGCGUCGACAUAUGAGACACAAGGGCGAUGGCCCCUGGUUCCAGGUGUCGACCCUUGACAAGGAGCUGAUUGACAACAGCCCCAAGUCAUCACCUGACCAUUAAUGCAGAUGUGUCUGCCGUCAGUACAUCAUGCAGAUGAAUCUCACUGUUUGUAAAUGUUUUCCCUUUCUGCGUAAAUAAAGUAUCUGUAUGUAC